UUUCCUUUUAAAAAGAAUAACUGAUUAUUGCAACGGUGUCGAUUUAAUUAGGGGGUGAUGACGUGAGCUGUGCCUCGAUUAAACGAUUCAGGUUUAUGAACAUCAAAUGAUGUCAUUUUUGAAUAGGCAAGCUAGAGAAAAUUGUAAGUGAUUUACUUUUCAAUAUCAGCUGAAUGGGCAGUUUUUGAUUGACAGUGUGUGUACCACACUAAAGGACUGUUGCUUGGCAUGCAUUAUCCAUUUUCAUAUGAACAUGAUUCCCGCUAGCAUGCGUAAAAACUCUUUUAUAUGGUUUGAUGAUCAUCCUUCUCCAAACAUCAUGCAAAAUAUUUGUUUACUGUAACUAUGAAUUGACAGAUUAGGGCAUACGAGGACAGGUCGGGUGGUCACAUUUGCUGCCUUGCACCUAAUUAUCUUUUAAUAAAUAUACUGCUGAAAAUGUGAAUAAAAUGGAUGCAUGUCUGAUUUUUUAAUUUUCAAAUACUGUAUAUUAAUUGUGAAACUACUUUUUAAACAGGAUUUUUUUUUAGCUAGACUCAUCACAGUUAUGGAGUUGCAUACCAUGUUUCGCAUACACGAGAAAGGUGCCCAGCAAGAAAUAUUGCGGCAAGAUUCUAAUCCAAACCACAAACAUAGAGAACGCGUCUUUAGACCAAGGAUAUCCCUUUUUGGAUUAAAUGAGGAAGAAGUUAGAUCAAGGUAUCGCUUUAGCACUGAAGUUAUACUGGAGCUAUAUGAACAGAUCCAGCAAGAUAUAGAGCCAAACUGUGAACGGAACCAUGCUGUUCCAGGCAUGGUAAAAUUGCUGAGCGCUCUUCAUUAUUUUUCCUCUGCAUCGUUUCAGGGUACGGUAUCUGCUCUCUCUGGUAUAUCCCAACCAAGUUUCAGCAGGCAUCUGACUCAAGUCCUAAAGGCCAUCAAUAAGUUAACUCCACAGUAUAUUGUUUUCCCAUCAGAUAAAGCUGCAAUACAAACAAUAAAAGAUGGCUUUUUUAAAAUGUCCUCUUUUCCUAAUGUCAUGGGGGUAAUUGACUGUACUCAUGUCGCUCUGUCACCCCCAACAGAAGAUAUUUACAGAAACAGCAAGAAUUUUCACUCUUUAAAUGUUCAGAUGGUAUGUGCAUCUGAUAUGAGGAUUCUUAACUUGGUAGCCGGGUAUCCUGGAUCUACACAUGAUUCCUACAUAUUAAAACAUUCAAGCUUGCAUACAAUCUUGACUUCUGGCAAUCUUCCAGAAGGCUGGAUAUUGGCUUCUACCAAGACUGCUGGAUCAUAUUGGUGUUAUAAUUUUAGUGGUGCCUUCGGUUUUAUUCACUGCUUUUUUGAGAUUCCUAUUAUCAUGUCGGCAUUCGCUGCUUUGAAACUGUGCUCGUCAUAUUGCCGUUAACCCAAAGGAGGGGGAUGAAGGUGCCACUAUUGGGUCCAUCAUCUUCCAAACUAGGAGGAAGGCAGAGGACCAAUUCAAAUCUGUACUGUAACCUGAGGCAGUAUCCAGGCGAUUUUUGUCUACUAUACAUGGAUGCCAUAAAAAGGUAAGGAAAUAUGUAUGAAUUGUUUUGUACAUGGGAUGGGUUAUUUAAUUUACUAUUUAAAUACUGUAUAUCUAUUUAUUUGAUAACUAGAAGCUGUGAAGCUAAAAUUUAGAAUAUCCUGAUAAAAGAAAAUAUUUAGGGUGGAUUCAAACUUUUUGCCCACAAAGUAUAAAUGAGCCACUAAGAUAUGUUAGAAACUGUAGUUCACCAGCACCUGCAAAUUUAAUGGUUAACUAUCACUAGUUUUAGGUGAUUCCAGGACAAUGAUUGCCCCAAUUUUGAUAGCAGAAGACUCUUAUUGGAUAGUUAAAUAUUAUUUUCUUUUUGUUAAGACCUAUGACCAACUGCUAAAGCUAAAUACACUUUCCAAAAGCCAGGUAUCUUAAUUUCUGUAUUGAAAAUCCAUCUCUGAAGGAUAACUAUAGAGACUGUGAGAUGUAUAGCAUUUAUUCUACAUAAACAGUAUGUCACUGCAAUGCAAUCAGUACAUGUUUAUCUUCAUGGUAUGACCUACCUCUCUUCCCUUUUUUUUUUUAUUCACAGAAAGUGCUAAGUGUUCCUCUCUUCAACUAACCUGCCUAACGAAGAAUCUAUAUGCACCCUCUUGUCAAUCUAUAAAUGGUAUAAUGUUCAGUUGAUAGUUGAUGUAACUCAUAUGCACAAGGAUAUCCAUCUUUUCUGUUCUCCAAGUUACAUCAGAGGACUGUUUCUAAGCAUCAAUGUCAAACAGGGAUUUCUUUUAGCUUGCCAUUGAAAUCUUCCUUGUAUUGUAAAAGGAAUGGAAAAGAUGCUACCCAACACAACCCUUGCCUUGUGAUGUAUACCCAAAGCAAUUUCAAUCAAUCUUUGACAUGUAUUUGAAGUUUCUCAUCCUGAUUGGUAUGGACUCUUGCCACUCUUUGAGCCUACUUAGAAUCUGGAAGUAGUUAUGCUGUAAUUAACAUCUUGCUCCCACAAUUUCAUUGUGAUGGAGCAGUGUAUGUGGGAGUGCCUACAAAUAGAUGUUUCAGGAAAUUAGACAGCACAGAGUGUGAGAGUAAGGACACUGACAUUCUGUGCUUGGGCAUUUUUUUUUGUAUUCUAGGUGUCUUGGGCUAGUUAACAUUUGUUGGAGAGCAAUCUAAUUUUAACUGCCUUUGGCCACCGACUAAUUUUGUUGUCUUUUGUUGGGUAAUUAUACAUGUAAAUCCUACACAACCUAAAUUUACCUGUGCAUGAUGGUAUUGCCAGAUCCUAGAUUGUCAAGAUGGGAAGAGAUUUCAAACGAUUAAAGAUACUGUGGAAGCCUAGCAUUUUUCCUAGUCAAAGCAGCAAAAUGCAUGAAAAAGUUGCCAACACAAAGAGAAUCCCUCGUAGAAUGUAAUCCUUACAGAAGAUGGGAAACCUUUGUAAUUUUGAAUGUGUGGCCCUAAAAAUCAUAGUAAAAGAGAUCAUUUGCAAUCAUCUGGUGGACUGUUUU